AUGAGCGAAAAAUUUUCAAAGGAUGAUGAUGACUUUGUUUUAACAGUUCAGGACUUCGAAAAUCUCUACAAUCAAGGAAAUGCCUUACAACAACUUGCAAAACCAACCGAAGCUUUGAGAAAAUAUAAAAAAUUGUGUGAGGCAGUCGAAUAUCAAUAUAAUCAUGGUCAUAUGUCAAAAGAAGAUCUUCAUUAUGUUCCAAUUGCAUUAUCAAAAAUGGCAGAUAUCUAUCAUGCAAGGCCAGAUUUACACAAAGCUUUACUCUACAUGACAACCGCACGCCAAUUUAUCGAAUUUUUACACCCUGAAAAAAAGCAAGAAGAUUCUGAAGAAAUGGACCCAAAUCCUCCAAAAGAUAUACCAUCGUUAUUCAAAAAGAUGCAUUCGCGCUUUGAUUCAAUGGAUUCUUUAUUACUACCAGAUAGCAAUGAAAUUAUAAGAAAAUUCCUCGAUUCAAAGCGAAUACAUGAUGAAGAAGUUGCACAAGGUCGAAUUCAUGAAAUUGAGAAUGCAGUUAAGAGAAAAUAUGAAUAUGAUCAAUUAACAUUCUCGCAACGCUUCGAAUUAUUCUAUUCUAAUCAUCCGUACUUUGUUUUAUUUGGCGCAAUCGGUGUAAUUCUUUUCUUUACAUUUUUCUUUAUCGUAAUGACAGUUAUUAGAUCUCUACAGGUUUCUGUAAGCAAACUAUCUGAACAAUCAAAGAAAGUCCAUCACGACCUUGAAAAUAAUUUGGAUACUUAUCAAUCAAAGGAGGGAUAUGAAGAAGAUGAAAAGCAGUUUAGAGAAAUGCUCGAAAACUAUAAACUACUGCCAAAUGGAAAUACAAAAGAAUUAUUAGAAAAAUUACGUAAAAAUGUCGAUCAUUUCAAGAAGAAAUCUGAUGAUCAGAAGAGUAACAAAGAGUUGUAA